UCCAAUCAAUGGAUCAAUCCAAUAAUGACAUGAAUGACGUCAUCAAGGCAGCCAGCGUCGUUUGCAAAAAUGGCGGCUGCCGAAAUUCAGAUUGUAAAUCCUUCUAAUUUAGCUAAAAUCGAAAGUUUUCUAAAUGACCCUAGUUACAAAGAAAUUAUUGAGAACUCAUCUACAUUCAAUUCACGACUAUGUGCGGAAAGAAGGAUGCGAAUGCCUUUUAUCGAUACACAAACCGGUGUCGCCCAAAGUCACUGCAACUUGUUUAUGACCAGAAAACAGCGGAUGCCUGGUCUGCGGGAGGGACAGGUUUACUCAUAUCCGGCACAGAGAUGGCGCAAGUCACGACGUCAGUACCUCACAAUGUCUUCAACCCGAUGGGGCUGGAGUGGUGCAGACAACCUCGCUGACAAUACUGGGGAGGGUGAGAACAGUUCUGGAGUCCCUGGUGAUGCUCUUGCUGGGGACGACAGCCGUGAUGGCUCACAGACUGCUGCUAAGGAUGAUCCUAAGGAAUGGUUCUACGACGAAAUAGCAAUGGACGAGAUGGAGACGGGCGAGGAGCCCGAGGCGGAGUCGGACGAGGACUACUUCGACGACACGUACGCCAACCGCCGCAAGCGCCGCGGCGGCGCUACGCCCUCCGGCCCGGGCUCCCGCGGCGGCCGCGUCAGGAAGUCGCAGCCCGAUGACGGCACGCCGAAAAGAGGACGAGCGGGCCGCGGCCGCAAGCGAGCAGCACAAAGCACGCUUCCGUACGAGGUGCCCGGGGACUCUGAGAAGCCGUUCGGCUGCGAACUGUGCGGCGCGAAGUACAAAACGCGGGCAGGUCUUAUCUACCACUUCACGCACACGCACAAGGACCCCCCGCCCGGGUGCUCCGCCCCGGCGGCCGGGAGCGACGGGGACUCGAGGGACAGUCGUCCCGGGGCGCACACCCCGCCGCAGCCGGCCUUGGCCCAGGCCCAGCCGGCGACGGAGUACCAAGAUAGUUACGUCACGUUUUUGAAUAAUCCCGGUGUUGGCACAGGUUUAGCAGCCGCCGCAGCCGCCGCCACCGCGGCUCCGCCCCCUCGCCGGCCGUCCCCCCCUCCGCGGCCCGCCUCCGCAGACACGUCCUCGUCGGACUCUGCGCACGCGCCGCUCGUGCCGCCCGGCACCGCCGCGGCCGCUGCUACCAGUACCAGUGUACCAGCGGCACCCGCUGAAGUUAAAGAGGGGGAUGCUAAGGUCCCACCGUCGCCCUACUGCGACUUCUGCCUCGGCGACGACAGGGAGAACAAGAAAACUGGCACGCCAGAAGAAUUGGUCAGCUGUUCCGACUGCGGCAGAUCAGGUAAGCGCGGCCGAGGCCGACCUCCGAGAAACGGCGCCAAAAAGCAGUGUUACCAUAUCGAGAACCGCGUUUGCGAACGGCACAGACACCUAAGAGAAGGCAUAAAACUUAACGGUGUUCUAGAAAUACAAACGUCUAUGUCGUUCUCGGCGGACGAUUUCGACAAUUUUGCGAUGAAAACGAAACUGUUGAACGAUGAGUAUGUGGGGUAUCCUAUGUCGCCGCCCUCGUCGCGGCAGAGCCCCGUUAUUUAGGUAGUCUGUUUGGGAGUUUGUGUCUAUUCUAUCACCCAUAUGUUAAAUACAUACAGUCUGUAUAUAGUCUGUAUCCCUUGUGGGGUACACAGUGCCAACAGUUUUGAAAAGACUUACCACGUUCAGGUGUCUGGCUCAGUGAUGGAAUUGAAAUUCAAAUAGUGACAGGUUGCUUGCCCAUCGCCUACAAGAAGAAUGCCAAGUUUAUUAGUUAUUCCCUUAGUCGCCUAAGACAUAUGUUACAACAACAUAUGUUUAUUUGUUAUAUUUAGAGUAUUGUUGAGUUAGUAUCCCAUCACACAAGUUUCGAACUUACCCUCCGUAUAUAUUUAUAUAAUAUGUUGAUAUUUUUCCUGAAUGAAAUUUCUAAUUGAUUUACUUAACAACGUUAGGUACUUAAUACUUGCCUACUUCAAGGGAAAAUGGGUUAUUUAUAAUCUGCAAGGAACAUUAAAAUUGCUCAGAAAAUUUCAAUUACACAAACUUUAUUUCCUGGUUCGUCUUGGAAGAUUUGUGGUUAUAAACCGAUUACUAAUUGUAAUUUAUAUAACUAGAUAAAAAAUAUCAACUGCAUAACCAAAGAGUAUAGUUCUCACAAUACACUGUCUGACCAAUGUCAGAAUGGUCAUAACAUUUUUGUACUUAUUUUACUAUCAUUUGAAAAUAGACACAAACUUGCAUCGACAAAAUAAUUCAGUAUAAAUUGAUCUUAAUCAUUAAAAAUCUUUACUUUGAUACGAGGCUUAAAUUAUGACGCGAUAAAAUUGGGAUUUUAUCACUAUAAAUAUAAGGUUUCGUUUUUGUCACAAAAUUUAUCCCUUUCGUAACUUGAAAGGGUUUUGUUUUAUACCAAAGAGGUCUGUUUUUUUUUUAUAAACGUUCAGUGUCAGAAAAGCAUUUUUAAAUUAAUUUCAUGAAUUAUUUUAAAAUUUGCUCUGACUAAGCGUUUUUUUAGUAUAUAAAUCUAUAUAUCUAACAUUCCAUUUAUCAUUUUGCAAUACGAGAUAUCGCAAUAAACAUAAUGUAAUAUAUACUUGGUAACAUUAGGUACUUGUGAUUAGUGUUGCCAUGGUGAAAAUUCUAUUUAAUUGUGAACGAGUUUUUAUGAUGUUAUCUGUUGUAUUAAUAACUAUUAGUCUACUUUAGAAAACCAAAGAAAAUUUUUCUGUUUUACUAAAUAUUAUAUAUACUUUUUAUUAAUCAAAAUUCAUUUGUUCCAAUAAUCUACUUACCAAAUUGAGGUUUAUAUCUAAACAAUAUGUUAUAAAAAAAAUGUAUGUCUGUAACAAAAUUUUAUCGUUGUCCUAUGCCUUUCAUUGUCUUCAUAUUCUAGUUUUUAUCAGUCAAUUGAAAUGUCAUUAGUUAUAAAUAGCUUACUGCCGAAUAGCCAAACAUACUAGCUUUUCUAGUCACGCCGCCAAAAUUUUGCGCACGCAUAUUUUGUUAGUCCCGUAUUUACGUUAGAAAGUAUAAAAAUAUUGUACACUUUUUAUUAAUUGUUUUGUUAUGCGUUUUAAAUGGACCUCAUAAUAUUAGUUACAGCUUUGCUUGUAAUCUUUAUAUUGUUUCACAUGUUAAACUAAUUAAAUUAUGAACAAGAGCCUAAAUGGAAUGCUAAACAUAUAACGAACAGAGUAAAAUAUUACAUAAGUAAUAUUUUUUUAAACUUUUCGUUUCUUAUUUUAACAUAGAUGUUCUAAUGGUGUGGGUAGGUACAAAUUGUUAUCAUGGAUCUCCUUUUAUAAAUUUUUGCAAAAAAAUUGUUCGAUUUAUAAAUACUUUAUUACAAUAGAUUUGGUUUUAUGGUGUACUGUUGUUAAGAACGCCUUUGACAUAACAUUCUAAAGAAAUUAUAAGGCAACUUGUGCCAAGUGUAGGCAAUACUAUAAAUUUUGAGCUUAUUACGUGCCUUUCCCGAUGUUUCGUCAUUAUUUCAUAUAUAUUCAUUGUUAUCCAAAGAUUAAAAUUGCUAAAUGUUAAUAUUAUUGUCCCAAAAGACUAAUUAUUGUUUUAUAUCAUUCCUGUAGUUUAUAUCGUUUGUUGUCGUAGCGUUUAAGAAAAAUAUAUAGAGAUUUAAAUCUUUUAGGUAAAUUGAAAUGCCAAAUGAGUUGAACUUUUUUAUAUUAUUUCAAAUUUAAGGAUGAAAAAUAAAAUAUACUUAAUUUUAAUAGAAUAUUUGUUAUUUUAGCUGGAUUGCUUUAUAAGUUUCAUCUCAUUUGGAUAAUUUUAGAAAUAUAAUCUUAUUAAUAGAUGUUUUUUUCCUAUUAUGCGAUAUCGCAUAUUGACUUAUUACAAAAUAUAAUAUGUGUUAGAUUUAAAUUUUAUUUUUAGUUUAAUUGUGUUAAAAAAUGCAAUAGAUUUGUUUAUUAUAAAGUCUUUAUUUUUGUUUAAAAGCUUGAGGCAUAUAUUUUUAUUCAAAAUGUGAUUUUUUCGAAUUCCUUUCUUUCAAAAAUUAAAAUAUUAUUUUUUAUUGUUCAGCUCCACAUAGAAUUACUUUGAACAUAUAUAUUCUUUAUGUUUAUAGUAUAUUCAUUGGACGUCAGAUGAUUGUUCAUGGUUGCUCUGAUAUGAAAUAUUGCUAGUUCUAUGUUAUGAAACUUGAUCAGAAUAUAACUUCUGUUUCUUCUUUAAAAU